UGCUCUGAAGUUGAUCAGUCUGCUCAGAAACUUCUCCAGAGGGGAAAGUAUUGGAAUCAGUUUCAAAGGGGGAAAGACCAGAUUUUUGCAGUGCAUCCGAAACGUAUUGCAUAGACCGGACAACGCUCAGAAUAAAAUAAAAUUGAAGAUUUUAAAGGCAAUAUUCUAGCAGAAAUUCCAAUUUAGAUUUUUUUGUUGAGUGCGAUCUGUUUAAUUGGAUAUUUCAAAAUCAGACUAUUUCAGCCUUUUUGAGAGAUCUUGCGGUGAAGUGCUUCUGCAAUUUGGAUCUUUUUAACACAACUGCAUUUUUUUAGUCUGAUGACCUGAGAGAGGGAGAGAGACGCAUUUGCAAAACUCACUGGCGCUUUUUUUCCCCGGACGUAAAGAAAGAAAACAAGAUGACACACAUUUUUAUCUUGGUGGUUACAUUUUUCAUGGGGUUAUCCCGGUGCUACUCCUCGUAUGUUCCCUGCGAGCCCUGUGAUCAGAAGGCGCUCUCCAUGUGCCCCCCAGUGCCGGUCGGCUGCGAGUUGGUGAAGGAACCGGGUUGCGGCUGCUGCCUGACCUGUGCUCUCUCCGAAGGUCAGGCGUGCGGCGUUUACACCGGAACGUGCACACAUGGGCUCCGGUGCUUGCCACGGAACGGCGAGGAGAAGCCGCUUCAUGCCCUUCUUCACGGGAGAGGAGUGUGCACAAAUGAGAAAGGAUACAAGCCUCUCCAUCCUCCGAUAGCAGAUCACGAGUCCAAAGAGCACGAAGAGCCGAUGAAGACGGACAUCACGGAGGAGGCGCCGAUCGGCCACCCGGCGAAGGUGCCGCGGAUAAACAAGGACGUGAUCAACAAGAAGGCGGUGGCCAUGGCCAAGGACAAGAAGAAGCAGGAGCAGAAGCUCAGGGCCGUGGGCCAGGCCAACUUCUCGCCUCUCCCGAUCGACAAACACGAACCAGAAUACGGUCCAUGCAGGAGAAAGCUGGACGGCAUCAUCCAGAGCAUGAAGGACACCUCUCGUGUCAUGGCUCUCUCCCUGUAUCUCCCCAACUGUGACAGGAGGGGAUUCUUUAAACGCAAGCAGUGCAAGCCCUCCCGUGGCCGGAAGCGAGGCAUCUGCUGGUGCGUGGACAAAUACGGGGUGCAGCUGCCGGGAACCGACUACAGUGGCGGCAACAUCCAGUGCAAGGACCUGGAAAACAGCAACAACAACGAGUGAGGAGAAGCCCCUCCCACACGACAUCACCUGACCCUAGGGCCCGCCCAUCUCCUUCUUUCCUUCCCACCUGUUCACCCGCCAGUCACUUUGAGAUUGUGAUACAAAGCAAAACAAAGCAGAAUGAAAAAAAGAAACUCAAACAAGAACAGAAACAGAACAAUAACAAGAAAAAAUGAAACAAAGCUGAAUAAAAGACACAGGAAAUCUUUUUUUUUCUUCGUCUGAGCGCUCAUCUCUAACUCAUGGGACCCAGCACAAGUCAGAGUGUGUGUGUCUCUCACGCUGUUAAGGAAUCCCCUGAAGCUGGGUCCCAGCAGAAAAAAUGAAAAGGUAAAAAUAAAAAACAAAAAAAUAUAUACAUGCAAUUAUAUAUUUUUGUAGAGGCUGGGGUUUGAGCACCAUACCAUUUUGUUUAAAGUUAACAUAAGACAGAAAAAGAAUAUAUGGCAUGUUUAUUAAUAACAGGGCUAUCUUGUUUUAUUUUUGUUUUUUUUGUUUUUUUUUUACAUCUAUUGUUGGGACGUCAGAAGAGAUAGCAAGAAAUCCACUAUUGGACGAACUCUGUUGUUUUGAUGUUUGUUUGUUUUCCACAAGAGAAAAACCACAAUAGGGAUCUGCUGACACAGUCGUCUCUAUCUGGGUAUAUUUGGCCCUGUCAGAGCACUUAUUAAUAGGGGAACCUGCUUGGAAAUGUGUAACUUCACCAGUGUACAUUUGUGUGAAUGUGUGUAUGUGAUUAUUUUGUGUCGUCUGUGUGUGAACGUAUGAUGUUUGUAUGUGUCUGCUUGUGAACGAAAGUAAGAGCGACAGAGAGAGAAUCUUUAUGAACGAAUGUCCUUUAUUUUCUUCUUGUCACGGCCUUUUGUGGCAGAUACUCCCUGUUUGUUCUGCACCUGACAUAGGCUUCAGAAAGGUACUCUUUUUCAUGUGCUUAUUCAUGGUGUGUGUGAUUCAGGGAGUGGAAAAUGUAAAGAUUCGAAAUUGUGUCAGACAAACCUGUUCAAGUGGCUCAAUGACCGUAGCUAGCCUAAUAUGCCAACUGUGCCUAUGUAUACAGACGCUGCCAUGCUGUGUGACAGAGGUAGACAGAGAUUGCUGCUCCUGUUGGUGGACUGAUGUCUGGGCAUGUUUCUGUAGAUAAGGACUCCACAAUUUGACUCGAUAUCGUUAUACCCUGUAGGGCACUCACAGUGUCCUCUUAUUUCUUUUCCAUACGGCGGGCAUUAAGGCAGUAUUGGCCUUGAAGUUGGUGACUGGUGACAAGCGGUUUGUGACAACGUGUGUUGCUGAUCCACUUUUGGACCGGCUGCCAGCACCAAAAUUCAUUUAGAAAAGUCACAUCGAUUCCACCUUUCUGCCUUUUCAGGUUUUUGAAAAAAGUGCAGGAUACGGGCAGAAGUUCACCAAUCAGGGCUGUAAACUCCACUCUCUGUUUUUUUUUUUUGGUGUUUGAGGUGCAGUCUUGUAUUUUUUUUUCUUUCAUUUUUGUGCUGUUUUACUUGCCUUCAGUGAAGUAAUGACUGCCCACCGUUGAGCCAUGUAUCUAAACCAAGUUUCCCUGAGACUGAAUAGGUGUAAUCUUGGUAUGUUACCUUUAACUUUAGAUUAAUGAAUGUUUUAACAGGAAAAAAAAACCUACAGUGUACUGGUGCUUGGAAAAGGACUUGUGUAUUUCAGCCUGUAAACAAUUUGCAUCGUUUCUGUUCAACCUGUCACAAAGAGAAGCUUGUUGUUUGAAUCCAAGGGUAUUCAAAUGGCCAGACAGCAGCAGCAGCAGCAGCAGCAAAAGCAGCCAGUCCACCUCCAGCCACUGUCCUCCCAGUGUGCUCUCGUACGCCACAUCCCAAAAUGGUUAUCCACUUUAGACGACUUGUCUAGACUGUAAUUCAACAUGGGUUGUUUUACAAGACUGUUCUCUCUCCCCCCCCUCCUUUCUUGUUUCUUUUCUUUUCUCCUAAAGGGGCAUCGUUAAAACAAAUGGCACAUUUACUACAGGGUCAGCUGAUGUGUAGUUUUAUGUGAGUCUGUGUGUGAGUCUCAGUGCCUUUCUACAUGCAAAUACAUUUGACUAGUGAUGUGAACAUUACACAGAAGCCAAGGGGACAAAGCAGGCAAACCCUUUGUUUUGUAUUGACGAGGGACCUGACGCGAGUUCAGAGUAAAGAGACGUUCAGAUGAACACUAUAUCAAACUUUGUUUUUUUUUUUUUGCUACGUGCCCUCUUUAAAUCAUACGCUGUGGCUGAGGCAAAGACAAAAGGGAGAGAGGCCUUUUGUCACUAACGUCACAAAACUUGUGGGUACUGUUCUGUCUCUCCCUUGAUUUCUUUUGAGAAUAAGCUGAAUAUUUGAUUGUGCGUGACUGCAAAAUGUUUUGUGUACUAGCUGAAGAAAAAAAAGAAAAGAAAUAACACAUCGUUUUUACAAUCAUCAGAUAUGUCAAACACGAUUGACACUGUGUCAAUGUUAAGCUCUUUGCUGAUUUUUUUUCUCUCAGUGGAAAGACAGAAAAGCCAUUCCCAGCCACCGUCGUCGUCGUGCGCAGAUCCGAUUUCAGAGCCCGAGUGUUCAUACCUCUAAACAAUGGGAUUUAGCUUAGCGGAGCUGCUCUUAUACGAGCCUGCCCCUAGCAUUCUAACAAAAUCCCACCUAAUGAGCUCAUACAAGGAAGACAGAGAGAGCGAGAGAGAGAGAGAGAAAGGAGGAAGAAGGAAGGAAUGAAUGAAAAGAAAGAAAAAAGAGGGAGGGGAAAGAGAUGAGUACAGCUCAUAUAUCUGUAGUGGCCAAGGGAAUUUUUUUUUUUCGUUUGUUCAGUAGUGGUUGCUUUGCACGGUCAUAAGUCCAUAAUGCCCUCUGGGUUUCAGAAAGUGAAGACAUGUAACUUGCACAAAAAAACAGGUCUCUGAAAUGGUCUUCAUGCAAAAGAACCACGUGGCAGGUCUAAGUACACAUGUGGAUACUGUCCAGGUCCUGAGAAACAUAUUGCGCCCCCCCACUCCCCACCCCAACCCCACCCCAUUUAUUGAAAAAAAAAGCAACUUGCACUUAAAUGGCAUCAUAACUAAGUUAUUGCCACAACGCCCCACCCCUAUUUUCUGUAGUGCUGUCACCACCACCACCGUCGCCGCAUUCAAAAACUCUGUUUUUCAGGUAGAGGAAGACUUAAGUGUGACCUUGACGGAGCUGCUUUUUGGCUCCCACGACAAGUUUCUUUGACAGGGGCUUACAGUAUGUGGCCCGCGCCUGAGACCCAGAACCACCACCGUUUAUAGGGAGAGCCGUUCUCAGUUCCAUCCAUCCAUCCAUCCAUCCAUCCAUCCAUCCAUCCAUCCAUCCAUCCAUCCAUCCAUCCAUCCAUCCAUCCACCCGUGCAUGCAGGCACACACACACACACACACAGCAUAUUCUUAGACAAUUAGCCUCAGUGCCAGUCUGGGGAAAGAGGGAGAGAGAGGGAAGGUGAGCUCCUUGGGCGGUGUGCACAGGCAGGGCUUCAAUAGCCGCCCCCAGCUCAUAUGGGGGCCUCACACUCCACACACACACCACCACCACCAACAACAACAACAACACAGUAGACACAGGUAGCAGACAGGUUAGGCAACUGGGAGGGCUUCAGAAUCUGAUAGAGCAAAUAUAGGUAGGACUCUAGGCUAAACUGUAGCCUGCAGUAGGCCAAAACUCACCCAAGUAACGAUUCUAAUGUUGAAUCCCUUGUUGGAUUUCAUAUUGACCUGAAAUUGUUGUCAAUGCUUUGUCAUUGAACAUGGACUAAAACUAAUAUUUGUAAUUCUAGGGGUAGUAGCUAGUUUGAGGGAGGAACCCCCCACCCCACCCUUACAGCAUUGGACAAAAGAUCCUCUACUUCCAUUCAGUUUGCUUUCUCGACUCCUAUUGGUGCCUCCGUUGGAUUCUGAAACCUUCCGCCUGGUUUAGACUAAUGCAAUAAUCACAGCUCAGUAUUUACAGUAACUUCAGCUUGAUUUUCCUGAAUGCAUAACAGUUGUAUUUUUCUCUGGUUGAGUUUAGACAUGAUGUUUGAUCACCAAUAGCAUACUGCAUAAGCUGACAUGCGAAACAAAACCCCAGUUCACAAGUGGCAGGAGGAGGAGGACCGUGGAAAUGUUUAGCAUUUGGAAUUCUUAAUGAUACAAAACAGAAAAAAAAAAUCUCAAAAUUAUUAAGAAAGUGAAUAUCACUGUGUAAUAUUUAUUCAACUUGUAAUUUAUGUACUCUUUUAACCUUUGUCUUUUUUUUGUUAUGACAAAGCAUUUAUUUAAAUAAAGUUAUGUAUUCAUUUA